UAAAUCGUGAUAUGUUCCCUACAUAGACAUCACUGAGACGCGUUCUAUCGUUUCAUAUGAUGGUCGAAAUGCUACCUAGAUGGAUGUUGCAAACCGCUCGGACUUUUACAUUGGUCUGGCGCUUGCUGUAAGCUCCACUAUCUUCAUCGGUGGCAGUUUUAUAUUGAAAAAGAAGGGGCUCCUACGUCUGGCAUCAAAGGGGUCCACUAGAGCAGGUCAAGGAGGAUAUGCAUACCUAAAAGAAUGGUUGUGGUGGGCAGGACUAAUAUCAAUGGGAAUCGGCGAGGCUGCAAAUUUUGCAGCAUAUGCAUUUGCACCUGCCACAUUAGUAACACCACUGGGAGCACUGAGUGUAUUGGUCAGUGCGGUGCUCUCAUCAUAUUUCCUGAGUGAACGACUGAAUAUCCAUGGCAAGAUUGGCUGUUUGCUGUGCAUCUUCGGCUCUACGGUUAUGGUGCUCCAUGCUCCACAAGAGGAAGAAGUUGCUUCUUUAUCUGCAAUGGCAGAGAAACUCAAAGAUCCAGGAUUUAUUGCGUUUGCUGUCUGCAUCGUCGUGAGCAGCCUGGUCCUGAUUAUCUUCGUCGCUCCUCGCUAUGGUCAGAAGAAUGUUCUGGUCUACAUCCUCAUCUGCUCUGUCAUUGGUUCAUUAUCAGUGUCCUGCGUGAAAGGCCUCGGCAUCGGCAUCAAAGAGCUGUUUGGUGGAACGGCAGUACUCAAAGAUCCACUCUUCUGGGCUUUGCUCAUAUGCCUCGUGGUCUGCAUCAGCAUCCAGAUCAGCUAUCUAAAUAAAGCCUUGGACAUCUUUAACACCUCGAUAGUCACACCUAUUUAUUACGUCUUCUUCACCACAUCUGUCAUGGCCUGUUCAGCCAUUUUGUUUAAAGAGUGGCUUCGGAUGUCCACUGAUGGGGCUGCUGGGACUGUCAGUGGCUUUCUUACCAUCAUCAUUGGUAUUUUUCUUCUGCACGCGUUUAAAGAUAUUAACUUUAGCUUAGAUUCUCUUCCUUUGUAUCUGCAUCAUGGACUUCGAGGCCAUGCGUAUGUCGCUUUGCCCACCGAUGAGAGAAUUGAUGAAAGCAGUCUGACUAAAGAAAGAAGUGCAACGUUUUUUCCUGACAGUUCAGAUAAGAGGAGCAAUGGCACCUUUAUUGCCUAGUUAAUAAUGCUUGAUGCUAGUGACUGCAGUGUGCAGCUUAUUUUGCAAACCAUUCACACUGUGAGGGUGCUUUAAUUAGGCUUUUAUUAUGUAUUUUUGGGGUACUUUUACAUGAUAAAAAUUUAACUAAAAUAUUUAAAGUUUUCAUAACCAUCCAUUAGAGUAACAUAUUAGUUAAGGGUUCCACCUCUAUUAUUAAUAAUUUAUUGAUAAAUCAGACAUCUUUCGCCAUAAAUAACAUUAAGAAAGCCUGGGAGGAGGACUCUCAGAUGAUAUGUGGAGUGGCGUUCUCAGUCAGGUUCACUCAUUAUCCAUUUGUGCUCGACAUUCUCUUCCUCAGUUUAAAAUAGUACAUAGAGCUCGUAUAUCUAAAGUUAAAUUAGCUCAAAUGUUUUCUAGUGUACUUUAAUGCAGUGGUUCCCAACCUUCUUUUGCCGUAGACCCACUUUUCCUCUGAAAAAAUAUGUAAGCCCCCCCUCAACAAUUAAUGAUAUUAUCGCUCAUAUAAGUUUGCAGUAAGGAUGACAAAAGAAUGUUGUUUUCAAACAAAUGUUAUGCUCAUUACUAUAUCUAGAUUUGUUUAUGCACAAAUAAUAGCCUAAUGUAAACAAAGGCUUUUUAACUGAAAAAUAUAAGCCUUUGGCCUUUAAAUUGGCCAUAUAUAUUAGUUGCAAAUUUUUUUAAAGUUUCUUGUCAGUAGCUGUGACGUCCCUUAUCUUAUUUUGGGUGUGCCAAUUCUUUUGCCUUGCGCUCAAAAAAUACUUGUCACAGUACUUAGGAUGGAUGAGUCGUCUGCAAAUAUCUUAUUAAUUUGGACGGCCUCAAGCAUUCGCCAGCAAAAACUCUGGUGCAGAUAAUACACUGUGGCUGGGUCAGGAACUCUUUGCUUCGAGAUAAUGGAAUAAAACUAUA